AAGGAAAUUCUCAAACGAAUCCCACGAAACAGAUCUUCGCUGGCAUUUUGUGCUCGUGGAGUAAAUUUCUCCCACCGUCAAAAUUGACCGGCAAAUGACGUCAAACGCAAAUAAUGCCCACCAUUUAAAUCGACUUCUCCUGUCGCUUGUAGAUUCAUUUUUUAAGCCAACAAACAAUUGUGUUGUAGAGGAGGAGGAGGUCGCUGGUUCGAUCCUUGUGGCCCAGAGACACCUAUAAACAAUCGAAGAGAAAUAACAAGGUAGGGGUCGCAGAAUGCCCAAAGGUACUAGUAGCCAUCGUUUGGCUUCACGGAAUUUUAGAUCGUCUCCUUACCCUUUGAAUCAUGGUAAGGAUGAGGAAUCAGUAUGUAAUUCUUCUGAGACCGAGGAUACUCCAUUGAAAAAUGAUUGGGAAGAUGCAGUAUGUCCCAUUUGUAUGCACUCCCCUCACAAUGCAGUUCUUCUUUUAUGCUCUUCUCAUAAGAAAGGAUGCCGUUCUUAUAUGUGUGACACUAGCUAUAGGCACUCAAAUUGUCUAGAUCAAUUUCAGAAAGCAUACGAGGCAAGUAGUUCAGAUCAUUCGGUGGGAAUCAGUACUAGUACAAGCUCUCAGCCAGCAACCCUUUCAAGAUCAGAAGGUGAUAGUUUGGAAAGGGAUGGUAUGGAUACAGAAACUGGCAGAUAUUUUCAUACAAGAGCUAUGGUUUCUAGCGGGGAAAAUGGAAAUAUUGUAGAAGGCAUACUAUCAGAUUCAGGAUUGUCAUCCAAUAGAUCAUUUGAUAAACACGGAAUACCAGCACUAGUCUGCCCACUUUGUAGAGGAAAUGUUGAAGGUUUUACUGUUGUUGAGUCAGCUCGCAAAUAUUUGAAUGCCAAGACAAGAAGUUGUGCUCAGGAAUCCUGUUCGUUUGUUGGGACUUAUGAUGAGCUUCGAAAGCAUGCAAGACAUGAACAUCCACAUGCUAGGCCCUCUGAAGUAGAUCCUGAUCAGCAACGGAAGUGGCGAAGAAUGGAGCAACAACGAGAACUUGGAGAUGUCCUUAGCACUAUUAGGUCAGAAAUACCUGGUGGCAUGGUGUUUGGGGACUAUGUAGUUGAAGAUGAUAACAAUGAAAAUGAAGGUGAUGACAUGGGGAUGGACUUGCCUGGUGAUGAGAGCAAUUGGUUGACAGUUUUCUUUCUCUUUCAAGUUUUUGAACCAACAAGUGCUUUAAGAAGUGGCAGGAAUUCAUCUCCUCGCCGGAGAGGUCUUGCAAGGUUCUUUCAGCGUGUAGGACCAGAUUCUGCUACAAGGCAGCGUCGUCUAUGGGGAGAGAAUUUUGAAGGCAAUGGUGGUGCCGAGACUAAUAUAUCUAGCAGCAGUGAUGCAGGAGAAAAUGGUGGUAAUUUGGCAACAAGGAGACGUAGAAGUUGGCGCAGGUGAUACAAAGUAGAAGAAGAGUUGAGGUCUUCUGUUAACAGGAAACAAAAAUUUAGAUAUGAAUAUCUACCCACACAUUGUUAAAUAUUUACCUAAGUGCUGCUGGCUCUUGCAUAUUUUCAUUAUGACAAGUGUACUGUGGUGUGAAUAAGUAAUGUGCAAUGCUUCUCAUUUUGUUGCAAUCGACAAACUUCAAUUUCUUUAAGCUUUUUUCAAGCAAGCUGUGAUUUGCUACUUUCAUGACUUUAUGGUAAAAGAACAUUGGAUUGGAUUGGCAAUCCUUCGUAUUGUUAUUCUGGCAUAUGAGCCUCCUCUGUAAAUUGAUUAGCUGCAUUGUCAAAUUUAUAAAUGCUCUGUUUUGUAUUUUACUGA